AUGAUGGGGAUAAAGCACCUUCUGCUUCUUUUGAUUUACUUAGACCCGCUGAAUGUCCUGUGCGCCGCCGCCACCGCCACCAAAAAGAGCAAACCCCCGCCGAGGAGGAACACAAAGGUGAAGGAGGUCAACGGCAGCACCACCGCGGUCCCGCUGGCCGCGGCCGUCCCGGGCAGGAUCACCCAGGUCCAGGCGCCCACGGUCCAGCACGACACCUGCCUGGGCUACUACGACGUGAGCGGCCAGUACGACAAGGAGUUCAGCUGCAACAACACCGACCACCGCUUCUGCUGCGGCAGCUGCUUCCUGCGCUUCUGCUGCGCGGACCGGGGGAAGCGGCUGGAGCAGAAGAGCUGCACCAACUACAACACCCCGGACUGGAUCAAGACCCAGCCCCCGUCGCCGGCGCCCACAGGGGACACGUACGACCCGGAGCUGGACCAGACCAACACCACGGUGUACAUCACCUGCGGGGUCGUGGCGCUCGUCAUCGCCAUUGGGAUUUCUGUUAAAGUUGCCUAUGACAAAGCCACCAAGCCCCCUCAGGAAAUGAACGUGCACAGAGCCCUGGCAGACAUUCUGAGGCAACAAGGACCAGUUCCAAUAUCUCAGUAUGAACAUGAAAACAUUGCAGCGAUUGAUGGAUCACCCAAAGACGAAACGCCGGUCAGGACCUCGAAGAAUCAUUACACACCCGUUCACACCAAGGCAUCAAACCACGGGCACUAUGGGAAAGAAAACCUGCGUGGCGGAGGCCAAGACAUGCACAACUUCAUCUCCUCUGGGUUCGUGACACUCGGACGCGGCCACCUGAAAGCGCAACACUCCAUAGACGAAUCGGGGCAGAUGUCCUGGCAGGGCGAUCUGGACAUCCCCCUCUCCUACGGAAACCAUCACCAUGACUACCAGCACAGCCACCUGGAUCUGACCGCGCUCACACCUAAACUGGCCCACAGACAAAUGAGACACGAGAGACCCCAGCGGAUGAACAACAUCCUGACCUCGGCCACGGAGCCCUACGACCUGUCCCUGUCCAGAUCCUUCCAGAACCUCAGCCAUCUGCCGCCCUCCUACGAGCUGGCCCUCAAGUCUGACUUAAGUAAAUACUCCUCCUCUCUACACAGAUUAAGUGAUAAGGACGUAGAGGAGUACUACACGAGGAAGCAUCAUCAUCCUGACUUCGGUGGCCGUGGUCCGACCCACAUGGUGAAGCUGAACGCGGAUCCCCCGCAGCACCAGCAACACCAGCAGCACCAGCACCAGCAGCACCAGCAGCAGCGUCAGCGUCCCCGCCGGGUCCAGAGGGCCAUGUCCCAGGACCACGUCCUGUCUCCACCCAGGACGCCGCGCCGCGGGGACUAUGGCCUGUCCUCGUACGGCGUCAUGGCGGCCGCCGCGCACAGCAGCAGCCGCCACCUCUCGGACGAGCAGCUGCUGUCGGCGGAGCGCCUCCACUCCCAGGAUCCCCUGCUGUCCCCGGCGAUGAGGCGCGACAAGUUCCGGGAGAAGGCGAUGGCGAGGGCGAUGUCGCACGCCGACAUGCUGAUGCCCGUCACGCCCGUCAUGGACCGCCACAAGAUGACCAAGAUGCACUCGCAACCCACUGCCUCUAACGACUCCUACAACACGCUGACGGUCAACCACCAGGCGCCCACGUCCAAGAGGCAGGCGUUUGCCUCCCGACGAACUCACACGGUGGACCACCUACAGUACAUUCCCGGCCACCACCACACAUACCGCACUGCCAGUAAGAACGAGGUAACUGUUUAA